UCUGCGUGUCUGCAGACCCGCCUAUCCCAGCCAUUUUGUUUCUGCUGCGCCUCUUCGCCAUGGCGGAGAUGGACGAUGGUGAUGAGCCGGGUUUAGCGCACACUCACAGCAGUUCUUCAGGAUCCAAAUCAGGGGGAGAUAAGAUGUUCUCCCUCAAGAAGUGGAAUGCUGUGGCAAUGUGGAGUUGGGACGUGGAAUGCGACACAUGCGCUAUUUGUCGGGUUCAAGUAAUGGAUGCAUGCUUGAGGUGCCAGGCAGAAAACAAACAAGAGGACUGCGUUGUGGUAUGGGGAGAGUGCAACCACUCCUUCCACAACUGUUGCAUGUCCCUCUGGGUCAAGCAGAACAAUAGAUGCCCACUAUGCCAACAGGACUGGGUGGUACAGAGGAUCGGCAAGUGAGGAUUGGAGCUUUGUACACACAUUUCCUCCGUCCACUUUGGCACUUUCUCCCCUUAGGGAGACAAGACUGAAUAUCAGAUCAUCUCCAGCCGCUGAAUGUGUAGGAAUACCUAUCUGCAUGUAUUUGACUGUCAAAGUGAAACCAUGGAUAUUGGCAGAAAUCCAGGUGACACUGGUUAGCUUUACCCUUCUGUCACCUCACGCAGCAUUAACAAGAACCAGCCAGAAGAGCUCCGGGAAACAGCAGAUUCACUUGGGUGUUUGUGGCAUCAUGUGUGACAUUCUAACUGAAGUUGUACUAUGAAUGCGUGUUUUAAGUGUGCUAGAAAUAAAUUACAAAAAGAAUUUAAUGUUUUAUUGGUGUUAUACUGAUUACUGGGUGAGGGUUUUUU